CUGAUCACUCAUCUAUAUCACAUUUACAACGAACCGUGGCGGAUGAAAUUAUUAAGAAACCAACAUAUUUUCGUGGUUCACAAGAUGAUGUACACGAUUGGUUAGAUAAGUUAGAACAACGAUUUACAAUGGCUCAAUGGAAUGAUGAAAAUAAAUUACAUUAUAUAUCAAUACACUUACAAGAUGAUGCAUAUCGGUGGUGGAUGCAAACAUCCUCAACAAUCAAGGCUUGGUCUUCGUUUAAAGAUGCAGUCACACGAGCUUUUGGAUCAACGCAAGCACAAGAAUUAGCAUUCGAACAAUUAAAAUGGUACAAACAAACAGUUAAUCAAUCUGUUACACAAUAUUAUGAUAAAAUUAUAGAACUGUGCAAGAAAGUUGAUCCAGCUAUGCCUGAUUCAUUAAAAUUAAAAUAUUUAAUAGCUGGUGUAAAAGAAUCAUUAAAGUUACAUAUUGCCUUAUAUGAUCCACAAACGAUUGAAACAUUUUUAUCAUAUGCAAGGAAACUAGAAGAUACAUUAUCUUUUACUAAAACUGAUUAUAUAAUGAAUCAAUAUAAUGAAUCACAAGAUAUUCAUACAUUUCAGCAAUCAUUAUCACCAAUAGCUACUCCUGAAGAACAACUUGAACACAAUGAAUACAAAAAUGUUCAAUAUCCACAACAAGAAUUCUUAGACACAAAUGGUGAGAAUAAUUCGCGUUAUAAAAAUUCUUUUUAUUCUAGUCAAUCACGUAAUUCAACAUCAAAUAAGUCUUCAAGAAUUUGUUAUACAUGUGGUACUCCUGGACAUUAUUCUCGGGAUUGUACCCGUCACCAUUUCGAGUAA